AUGUCAGACGAAGAAGUUACCCAUACCGCCAAAGGGCACGGGUAUAAACAUCAAUCUCGAUACCCUCUCACAGAAGCUAUGACAGGUGAUAAACCCAUCACUUCUCAUGCGGAAGGAACCAAUAUAGACUCUACCACCUCUGGUCAACAACCUAUAAACCCACUAGGUCCAAACGAAAAACAAUCCCAUCUCGAUAAUCACAAUCAUCGGAAUUCCAUCGAUGGUACUUUUGUCGAUUCAGAAGGUAUUCAAAGGAAAACAUCACGUAAAGUCGAAUUGAUAAAAAAUACAAAUGCCAAACUCGCCAAUCCAUUAGGAGAUCUUACCGAUGAAGAAGCAAUGAAUAAUGCUGGUGCAUUUGCACAAGCGAACAAUUUACCAGUUGAAACAUUUAAGAAAGGUGGUAUAUUAGCAAAACGUCCAAAUCAUUUCGAACAUAUGAAAAUUUUGAAUGAAGAUGAUAAAGAAGCUUUAAGAAGGGAAAUAACUCAUCCUUAUUCACAACCUUUCAUCUUGUACAACUUGGUCGUCGCUUGUUCAGUAGCUGCAGCUGUACAAGGAAUGGAUGAGAGUGUCAUAUCUGGUGCUCAGUUAUUUUUUCCAGGUCAAUUUGGUAUAGAUUCAAGUGUGACUGGUAGAUCUAGGGAUUCUUGGUUGGAAGGUUUGAUAAAUGGUGCACCUUAUUUGUGUUGCGCUACUAUUGGUUGUUGGUUGACGGAUCCAUUGAAUCAUUAUCUUGGUCGCCGUGGUACUAUCUUCGUCACCGCCCUCAUAUCCUUCCUCACUUGUAUCUGGUCGGCAUGCACCAACACAUGGUGGCAUCUCUUCAUCGCCAGGUUCUUCCUUGGUCUUGGAAUCGGACCUAAAUCAGCCACGGUGCCGGUGUUCGCUGCUGAGUGUACCCCUGCCAAGAUCCGAGGUGGAUUGGUCAUGCAAUGGCAAAUGUGGACGGCGUUCGGAAUCAUGUUGGGAUACGUUGCCGAUCUCAUCUUCUUCCACGUCCCUAACAAGCCACAUAUCACUGGACUCAACUGGCGAUUAAUGCUGGCAUCUGCAGGGUUCCCCGCCCUCAUCGUCAUGUCACAACUUCCCUUCCUCCCCGAAUCGCCACGUUGGCUCAUGUCCAAAGGUCGAUACGAGAAAGCCUACGCUAGUAUGCUCAGGCUCCGUGGUCAUCCCGUCAUCGCCGCUAGAGAUCUGUACUACAUUUUCGUUUUGUUAGAAGAAGAAGCUGCCAUUGUGAGAGGCAGGAACAGACUUUGGGAAUUGUUCAGUAUCGGUAGGAACAGACGUGCGGCUAUCGGAUCCUGUUUGGUCAUGUUUGCUCAACAAUUCUGUGGUGUCAAUGCUAUCGUCUAUUACACCGCUACCAUCUUUGUUCAGUCUGGUUUCUCUCAAACCUCUGCUUUGUUGGCUGCUUUCGGAUUCGGUCUGAUCAACUGGAUUUUCGCAAUCCCGGCCAUCUACACCAUUGACAGAUUCGGUCGUCGUCCUUUGCUGCUGUUCACUUUCCCUUGCAUGUCCAUCAUGUUGCUGUUCACUGGAUUCUGCUUCUGGAUUCCCAUGGGUCAUGCGAGGACCGGAUUGAUUGCUCUCGGGAUUUACUUGUACGGUAUCUUCUACAGUCCGGGAGAAGGGCCAGUGCCAUUCACCUACUCGGCAGAGGUUUACCCAUUGUAUAUCCGUGACCUCGGCAUGUCCCUCGCCACGGCUACGUGUUGGCUGUUCAACUUUAUCGUCGGACUCACAUUCCCUUCCCUCUUAAAGGCUUUCAAACCUCAAGGAGCGUUCGGUUGGUACGCCGCAUGGUGUGCCGUCUUAACGGUUCUGAUCCUGCUGUUUUUACCGGAAUCAAAAGGAUUUACUUUAGAAGAAUUGGAUCAAGUCUUUUCCGUCCCUACCUCGACUCACGCUCAUUAUCAAAUAUACAACCUCGGUUGGCAUUUCCGUCACUACAUUCUUCGUUCUAAAGAACCUCACAAGCCAUUGUACACAUUCGACGAUGAUUCUGUCCCUGGGAUAGAUGAGAAAGAAGCGGAUCAAAAGGCCAGGGCGACUUACGGUGGUGGAGCAGGUAUGAAGGUAGGAGGUGGUGUGCCUGUAGCAAGUGCCAUUGCUUAGUCUCUUGUCGAUCUUUUGCCGUGUUGAUUGCGAAUAUCGAGUGUACGCGAGUGAUUUCUUUUUCUGUUUUUGCUCGGAGUGGAUCUUUGGAUGUGAAGAUGUGAAGGGUGGAAGUGAAUAAACAUAUUUGAUAAGAGUUGGUAAGAUGUUGGGAAUAGAGUUGGAGGUUUGAAAGUUUUCAAAUUUGUAGCAUACUCUGAUAGGUAUCUGAGAAUUGAUAAAGAGAAAGAAGAAAGAAGUAAAGAUGCAUGAAGUGUAUGAUUAAU